UACAAUAAUAAACCGGCUCCACGGGACUCGAUCUCAUCACAACUCAUUGUUUCACCCUCUCCAAGGGUUUUGAUGACUCCUGUUACCUCGAAAGGGGAACGCUCGUUACAGAAUGACGGCUGCUUCGAUGCCCCGAGUGAGGCAACCCAGUAUCGCCAAGCGGCAUGCGACUACUUGGUUGCCCUUCUUCGCAUAUUGCCCAGUUUACUGGAGGCAAGAGAUCAACAGAUGCUCAACGAAGAGAUAAUGGAAUUUGCCUCUAGCUACUGUUCAGGUUGGCAGAUAACUUUUGGACGGCCCUUUAGUUCACUUUUUUGGGUUCGGGGUAGAGGCUAG